GACAUUUUAAGGUUAUAUUUAUGCGUAGAGAAUUCCAAAUCCUGCCAGACCAAAAAUAAUUUGGAAAAUUCAUAUUAAUUACACAAUUCGAAGUGGUAUUUUAUUUGAAUUAUGUAAGGGCAUAUCCUCAAAGGAUAUAAUUAGACACUUGGUAAUACUAUUUGUUCAACACCAUUGCAAGAUCACUUGAAUCAUACGAUUCACCACAUUUAGUUCAGAAGUCUGAUCCUGCCUGCAUAAAAUAUGUCUUAUCCUCCUCCUGCCCAGGGACAGCAGCACGGUGCCUAUCCUACUCCAUAUAACACUCCUUAUCCUCCAGCUCCAAAUGCUGGAUAUGUAACUCCUAAUGCGCCAGGUUACGGCCCUCCUCCCGGUUACGGACCGGGACCGCAAGGUUACCCUGUUCCACAAGGCCCAUAUCCUCCAGGACCUUAUGGGCCUCCUGGUUAUGGCGGUGGUGCUUCUCCAAGUACUAUAGUCAACCAACCAGGGCUGGCUCCUGGAGGUCCUCCUGGUGGUUGGAUGAAUAUACCUCAAGGUAUUCCCAAUUGUCCACCAGGGUUGGAAUACCUUACUAUGAUUGAUCAGCUUUUGGUACAUCAAAAAGUUGAAAUUUUGGAAGCUCUCACAGGAUUCGAAUCGAAAAAUAAAUUUACCAUAAAAAAUAGCCUCGGUCAGAAAGUUUAUUAUGCGGUUGAAGAGUCUGAUUGCCUGACUCGCAACUGUUGCGGCCCGCUCCGGCCCUUUGACAUGCAAAUUUUGGACAAUUACAGGAACGAAAUAAUCCACUUACAUCGACCACUGGCCUGCGAUAGCUGCUGCUUUCCAUGCUGCCUUCAGAGUAUGGAAGUGUCGUCUCCACCCGGUACAAUAGUAGGCACAGUGGAGCAAGAAUGGAGCUUAUUCUGCCCUUCAUUUGCAAUUAAGAAUGCAAGUGGAGAUACGGUUCUCAGGGUGGAGGGACCUUUCUGCACAAUGAGCAUUUGUGGGGAUGUGGAGUUCAAGAUCAUGUCCAGUGAUGGGAGCGUUCAGGUCGGCAAGAUCUCAAAACAAUGGUCUGGUCUGAUCAGGGAAAUGUUCACUGAUACCGACUAUUUCGGUAUCACAUUUCCCAUGGAUUUGGACGCCAGAAUGAAAGCUGUUAUGUUGGGCGCUUGUUUCCUCAUCGAUGCCAUGUUCUUCGAGAAAGCCAAAGGAGCAGGUGAAGCUGCCUCGUCCAGUAUGUUGUAGGCUUAUUUAAAGCUAUGUCUUAUACGUGUUUUAUUUUUGUACUCGAAUUUCUAUUGCGUGAGGUGUGUUUAAUUUUUUUUAAUUCGAAUAUGCAACAACGAUAUUUUUAACGCAACCUUUAGACUGUAAUGCUGCAUAUGCCCAGAUUAAGUGAUAAUAUCAUCUCGAAUACUGGUUUUAUAUUUAAACCUAUUUAUAUACCAUGAUAAUUUUGUUACCAAAAUCAGCAAACGCAACACAGAAGUUGGAUUAUAUAAUGAUGUGAAUUGUUACGCGCUGUGACUGAAUAUUUUUGACCGUGAUUGGAUGAAGAUGAGGGUUUUUUGGAAUGACAUAGUUUAAUUUUCGGCUUUGGCAAAUUGCUUUGGGGCCAUAUAAUGAAAAAACUUUCAGCAGUCGCCAAUGUUGGGAACUGUGUGGAUUAAAAUCCUACAAAAUAGUAGUAUUUAAAAAAAAGUUUCUAUUGUACCAGUGCCAAAAACCCAAAGAACUUUUCAAAUAUCCCGGUGGACAGUUACUACGACGGAUCCAAAAUGUAAUUUAUUUUCUUCCAUUGUUGAACUUUUAGAAUAUUUAAAUCCUAAUCUGAAAAGAUCUAUUUGUGAUUGUAUAACUAUUUGACAUUGGUUUGGUAUUUUCUAAGUAUAGUGUUAAUAUUGUUAAAGCUGUUUUCUGGUUGAAAUUUGCAGGUUUAUCCAAAUCCAUCUAUUGAAACAGCUUUAUCAAUUAGGUCUAUGGCCUUUUUGCUUCUCACACCCUGAUAAGACUUCGAAAAACGCUUACGAAACUCAAUUGUUAAGAUAUAUAUUAUAUAUAAAUCCUUCAUGUUUGUGCAUGUAAAUGUAUACGUAUUUUGUGGGUAGAACCCAGUGGACUUUACCAUAUUACAAUGUUUAUAAAUGUAUCUAUUUUUAAAUUAAAUAUGCACUUUAAUUGAA